AUGGGCGAGUUUAACUUGAAAAUAGCGCUUUCAUUAAUACCGUCCAUGACUGACGAUGAAGUUGCAAUUAAUCAAUUAAUAGACUCUAUACAAUACUACGACUCCACCUUAAAAAGUGACGCGAAACAACAGUUCAUAAACUUUGUCUUGAAAAAUAGACUUACACAAGUAGCUAAAUUAAAGUUAAGUUCGUCAUACACUUCUGUCCAAAAUUUAGUGACAGAUAUGAAAAAACUAUUGUUGCCUAAAAAAUCAGCCACAGCUAUUCAAAAUAAAUUGCAGACCUUGAGACAAGGAGAGUCUUCGAUUGAUGACUUUGGUCAAAAAUUGUCGAAAAUGUUUGUAGAUCUCACGAUCGCGCAAUCAGACGGUGACUCAAAUGCAUUUGAAGUAUUAAAAGGUCUUAAUGAAAAACAAGCGAUUAAAAGAUUCGCGGACGGAUUGCGCAAUCGUAGAGUAAGUACAAUUAUUGCAGCUCGUGAUUACGACUCUUUAAAAGACGCCAUACAGGGUGCCAAGGACGAAGAGACGACUUCAAGCAAUACGUCAAGUGAUGUAUUUUCUUUUAACCAUCGUAAAACAACUUAUUUCAGUAGAGGGUACGUUCGAGGGCGUGGCUCUUAUAGGGGGCAACCACACUACUCUUCAGGCGCAAGGACGCUACACAACCCAGGACAUUCGGCAACAGGAGCAUCAUACAACUACAGGAGCCGAGGAGCUGGCAGAGGAGGCUACCAGUUCCAGAGCAAUCACCGAGGCAGAAACUACCAAGGAAACCGAGGUAAGUCUAACACUUUUAAUGGAAACAAUGGAUAUCGCAACAACCGUAUUUUUACGGCUGAAACUGAAACUGAUAAAAAUGUGAGCCCAAAUCAGUUUUUUCGUGGAUAAUGAAUCUAUAUUUGCAAGUAAUGAUACAUGUUUAGUUUAUUUCAAUGUGCAAAACAAAAGACAAUUAUGGUUAUGUGACACCGGUGCCUCGAUCUGUGCUUUGAAGUUGGCGAUCGCUUUGAAAUUAGAUAUUCCGAUUUAUAAAGACAAGUUAAUUAUUAACGGAAUAGGUGGAACAAAACAAGCAAUCGGAUAUGCUUACAUUGAAUUAACGGAACGUGACCAUGUAUUUCAACAUAAGUUUUAUAUUUUUGACGACUUCUUUUCAACCACGUGGGACGGAAUAAUAGGUAAAGAUUUUCUUUUAAAAUACCGCGCUUUGAUAGAUUUACGAAAUAUGGAAUUGACCUUAGAAUCAAGUAAG